AUGGGCUGCAUCUGCUCCAAAGGUAUCAGCCGGGAUGGCGAGACCCACCGAAUAAAGUCCUUGAAGCGGUUCCUCACACUCUCGAAGAAAGGGGUGGUUGUGGCAGCUAGAGUCGAUGUCGCUAGUAACGGAAACCCUAUGGUUGCGACACAAGAUAAUGCGGUGACCAAUUCCCUGCCUCCACUGGUUGGUGAACGUGGGAAGACCGCUGCAGGUGGCGGGCUCCAGAGAUGGGUUACCCUUAAUGCUGGGGCAAAUAGAGAUAGUUCUGAAGCUGUGGGUGUGCCAAAUGAGGUGGAAGGCAGCUUAGAAAUUGUUGAUGUGCCAAAUGGGUUCUCCGGAGAACAUGUUGCUGCAGGCUGGCCUUCUUGGCUAACUGCUGUUGCUGCAGAAGCGAUAGAUGGGUGGAUACCUCGGAAAGCUAGUUCCUUUGAGAAACUAGAUAAGAUUGGACAAGGGACCUAUAGUAAUGUGUAUAGAGCCCGUGAUCUUGAAAGUGGUAAAAUUGUUGCACUUAAGAAAGUGCGAUUUGUUAAUAUGGAUCCUGAAAGUGUCCGCUUUAUGGCUAGAGAAAUUCAUAUUUUGCGUCGGCUUGAUCACCCAAAUGUUAUAAAGCUUGAAGGUAUAGUUACAUCACGAAUGUCAUGCAACCUGUAUCUUGUUUUCGAGUACAUGGAGCAUGAUCUCGCUGGACUUGCUGCAAGGCCUGGUCCCAAGUUUACCGAACCGCAGGUGAAGUGUUAUAUGCAGCAGCUACUUGAAGGGCUUGCCCACUGCCAUAGUCGAGGGAUUCUGCAUCGGGAUAUUAAGGGCUCAAACCUUUUGAUUGACAACAAUGGCAUUCUUAAGAUAGCAGAUUUUGGCCUAGCAACACUUUUCAAUCCUUAUCAGAAACAGCCAUUGACAAGCCGAGUGGUAACAUUGUGGUAUCGGCCUCCUGAGCUUUUACUUGGUGCUACAGAGUAUGGUGUUGCUGUUGAUUUGUGGAGUUCUGGUUGCAUACUUGCAGAGUUGCUUGCAGGGAAGCCCAUCAUGCCUGGAAGAACUGAGGUGGAACAACUACACAAGAUUUUUAAGCUCUGUGGAUCACCAUCAGAUGAAUACUGGAAAAAAUCAAAAUUGCCUCAUGCAACCAUUUUUAAACCUCAGCACCAAUAUAGGCGCUGUGUUGCAGAGACAUUUGAAGAUUUUCCUUCAGUGGCUUUAACUCUGUUAGAUUCCCUUCUUGCAGUCGAACCAGCAAACCGUGGAACUGCAGCUUCAGCCCUUUCAAGUGCAUUCUUUAAAACCAAACCAUUUGCCUGCAACCCUUCAAGUUUGCCUAAAUAUCCACCAAGCAAGGAGUAUGAUGCUAAACUUCGGGAUGAGGAAAUUAGAAGGCAAAGAGCAGAAGCUACCAAAAAAAGGUCAGAGUCUGCAAGACCAGGAAGACGAGAAAUUAAAACAAAGCCAAUGCCCGACGCAAAUGUCAAGCAACAGAAGAGAAAACCACAGGCAAAUCCCAAAACCAGCAGUGAGAAAUACAAUGCACAAUAUGAUGAAAGUGGGUCUGGGUUUUCAAUUGACCCUCCUGUGGGAACAGCACAAAAUGGCUUUUAUCAUCCAGGAAUGCACGCUGGUGGAUUUGGAUCCUCCUUGACCAAGGAAGAGAAUCAGGAAGAGCCCCAGGUUCCUGGACGUUCAUAUAGUUCCAUGGGAGUGGCAAAUGGCCCUCGGUUGCAGGCACAGAGAUCUUAUAUGCCUUUAUCAGGAGCUGCCUUCUUCCCAGGUUCAGUGGCAGCAAGAAGCACUGCAAGCUCAAGAUACAAUCGGCUUGAUGUGGCUGAGCCAUCUGACAAGCAUAUACUUGACAGACCUGCCUCCACCCAUAAGAAAGAUGACAGAACAGCGAGCAAGGGUUAUGGUCCUAGGAACAAAAAAAUCCACUAUUCUGGACUAUUGAUGCCCACAGGAGGAAAUGUCGAAGAUAUGCUCAAAGAACAUGAGCGGCAGAUCCAACAGGUAGUCCGCAAAGCACGCCUUGAUAAAGUCAAGACCAAGAAAAAUUUUUAAGAAGGAUGACUAGUGUCCUCCCAUGGCAAAAGAUGGUUUUGAGUCAUGUAUACAUCGUAUGAAUGAAUAUAAAGGGAGGUAACAUGCUCAAGGAGUAGUACAAACAUAAUUUUGUGAAUCAUUAGAUGCGACAAAAAACAUUUGGGUCAUUAAUUUGGUCAGUAGUGCAACAUCGAAGAAGCUUUUGGCGGUGCAGAGCUGGUUACUGUUUGCAGUUGGAAGUGUUUCCACGUUGCUUGCAGACUAAAUCUCUAACUACCUGUCAUAUAAUCUUUCUGGAACCUCUUGGUUCGUUUUGCCAAACGUCAUCUUGAAUAGUUCAAGGAUGUCAAGAGCUAUGUUGCUAAUUCGGUGAUGUGUGCACAUGAUCCUCACUGCCGGGUUUCUUGAAAUCUGAAAAGGAAAGUUGGCCUCCCUUGAAUGGAAAAUUAUAUGUAAAUCAUCCUCUCAAGAUUCACUGUAUAUGAAGAUAGAGUUGCUCUGUAAAUUUUUCUGAUAAAAGCUACUUAGAAGGUUUCCUUGUCAUCUUUUUAUGUAUUUUCUGGUGAGAUCACUGACAUCCAUCCGGCACAAGAUCUUCUCGUUUCAAAUCUUUUACUAUCGUCACACAAUUCUUAACACAUGGAACUGAAGGUUUUUUGGCUGAAGAGCAAGCUUGCAUCAAGAGAAUAUCUGUUCUGUAGCAGCAGGAAUUAAGCUUGGUUUCCACUAUAUUCCAAGACGGUUUCCAACUUUAUUCGAGCUUCGUCAGUACUGUUAAU